UUCAUCGCUGAAAUGCAAAACUUGUUGCUGCUCCGCCAGCGCCGGGUGAGAGCGAGGGAGCGCGCCGGGGAGCGCGGCGCAGCCCUCCCAGCGCCCGCACGCAGCGCCGGCCCCCGCCGCCCGCACCGGCCCCGCCGCCCCGCCGCCGCCGGAGCCCUGCGAGCCGCGGGCAGCGCACGGCGGGCCGGCGAUGCGGCGCGCAGCUCCCGGGCGCCGGAGCCUAUGAGCGGCGGCGCGCCGCCCCGUCGGCUCUCGGGCAACGCAGCGCGGCCGGUGCCGGGCGGCAGCGAGCGGCGAGCCGCCGCCGGGGUGAGAGCGGGCGGGCGGCCGGUGGCAGCGGCGCGGCGGCGCGGCAGGAUGUGAGCGGGGGCGGCCGAGCGGGGCGGCGGGGGACGCGGGACGGCGGAGCGGAGCGGCGCGGCGCGGCGCGGCCAUGCCCUUCUGAGGAGCCGCGCAGGAUGUUCGGGCUGGAGCAGUUCGAGCCGCAGAGCAGCGGCCGGAGCGGCGGGCAGGCGGAGCGGGGCUUCGGCCAGCCCGGACUGAGCAUGAGCGCGCACUUCAAGGCGCCGGCCUUCCCCGGCGGCGGCCCGGCGGCGGCGGCGGUGGACCCGGCCCUGGGCGCGCUGGGCGAGCCGCCCCUCCUGGGCAUGAACAUGAGCCUGGCCGGGGACGCCUACGGCUUCCCGGGCCGCGGCCCCGCCGAGCUGCACGGCGGCGGCAUGCAGCCCCCGGUGCACGGCUUCUUCGGCGGGCAGCAGCCGCACGGCGGCCACGGCGGCGCCCACCACCCCCACCAGCACCCCCCGCACUUCGGCGGCAACUUCGGGCCCGACCCCGGCGCCUCCUGCGUGCACGGCGGCCGGCUCCUGGGCUACAGCGGCGCGCUGGGCGGGCAGACGGCGUUCGCCGACGGCUACGAGCACAUGGCCGAGAGCCAGGGCGGCGAGGGCUUCGGGCAGCAGCGCCCCGGGAACCUGCCCGACUUCCAGCACCACAGCGCCGGCGCCUCCAGCCACGCCGUGCCGGCGCCCUGCCUGCCCCUCGACCAGUCCCCCAACCGCGCCGCCUCCUUCCACGGGCUGCCGGCGGCCGGCUCCUCCGAGCCCCACGGCCUGGAGCAGCGGCGGCUGCCCGCACAGGGUGGCGUGGACUCGCUGGAAUACAGUUACCCCGGCGACGGCCCCGCCGGCCACUUCGAGCUGCCCGUCUUCUCCCCGUCGGAGCCCGAGGGGCAGCUGCCGCACUACGGCGGCGGGCGGCAGGUGCCAGCGGGCGGCAGCUUCGCGGGGGCGCCUGCCCUGCCCCGAGCGCCGGGCAUGGCCGUGGCCAAGGCGCACCCGCCACAGCAGCACGGCGUCUUCUUUGAGCGCUUCGGGGGGGCGCGGAAGAUGUCGGCCGGCCUGGAACCAGGGGCCAGCGCCAGGCACCCGCUGAUGCAGCAGCAGCAGCAGCCACCGCCGCCGCAACCGCCGCAGCAGCCGCCGGGCUUGCUGGCCAGACAGAACUCCUGCCCGCCAGCCAUCCCUAGGCAACAGCAAACAGAAGCCAACGCUCCCAACCCCAACCUGCAGGACAAUGGGCCCAUAAUGCAGAACCAGCAUGCACAGUUUGAAUACCCUAUUCACAGACUGGAGAACAGGAAUAUGCAUCCCUACACCGACCCCGUGUUUAAUAUGCAGCACCCUCCUCCGCAACAGCCACCAAAUCAAAGACUGCAGCACUUCGAUGCCCCCUACGUGAGCGUCGCCAAGAGGCCGCGGUUCGACUUCCCUGGCAACCCCGGCGUCGAGCGCUGCGCCUCCUGGGGCAGCGGCAUGCACGGCCCCACCAUGGAGAGCCACCUCUCCCCGACGGCCUACUCUGGCCUGCCGGGCGAGUUCACCCCACCGGCGCCCGAGGCCUUUGGGGGGCCGUUGCCACAUGGCGGCCCCGAGCACCCGGCGCUGGCGCAGCGCCAGAACGCAGCCCUGGUGAUGAAGCAGAUGGCCUCCCGCAGCCAGCAACGCCUGCGGCCGCCCAGCCUGCAGCAGCUGGGGCACCAUGGUGAGGUGGGCCCGCCCGGCGGCCUACCCCCGCCUGCCUUUGAGCGGGAGGCUGGUGGCAGCAGCCGCGGCUUCGACGCACCGGCGCCGCAUCUGGCCCCUGACAGCGCCUGGUUUGCGGGGCCGCCACCGCCCGGGGAGCUGCUGCCGCGGCGCAUGGCGGCGCCAGGGCUGCCGGCCGAGGCGGCCCCCCACGAGCUGGGCCUGCAGCCGGGCGGCACCGCCGUGCUCUUCCGGCCGGGUGCUGGAGGGCUAGGGCUGCAGGAGCCGCUGCGGAUGGCGGGCGAGGGGCCGGCGCAGGCUCUGCCCUCGCCGGGUGUCCACCCGCCAUUUGCGCCCGCCAUGGGUGGCCUCUCACAGCUGCAGUCGCCGGGCGGUGGUGUGGCGCUGCCCAGCGCCCCCGCUGAGCGCCGCGGCCCCGCCGACUUUGCCGCCCAGCCCAGUUUCCCCUUUGCGGCGGCAGCGCGGCAGCCAACGGCCCAUGGGGCCGCACCUGCCCUCAGCGCCUCGCCGGGCGCCUAUCCGCCACCCCCGCCUGAGUUCCCGCCACCACCGCCGCCGCGGCCCGCCGCCAGCAAGCUGGGCGCCCUCUCGCUGGGCUCCUUCAGCAAGCCGGCCAGCAAGGACAACGUCUUCGGGCAGAGCUGCCUGGCCGCCCUCUCCACUGCCUGCCAGAACAUGAUCGCCAGCCUGGGUGCCCCCAACCUCAACGUCACCUUCAACAAGAAGAGCCCAGCCGAGGCCAAGCGCAAGCUCAGCCAGGCUGAGCCCGACCCACCGCCACCCGCCGCCCCAGACUACUUUCCGGCAGGGCCGCCGGCAGGCGGGGGCGGCGCGGGCAAGGCGUCGGGUGCUGCCCCGCUGCUGCCUGCCGAGAGCAGCCUCUCGCCCGGCUACGCGCUGGAGCCGGCGGCCGGUGGCGAGGGGAAGGCGGGCGGCGGGCGGGGGCGGGGCCGCCGGAAACGGGACAGCGGGCACGUCAGCCCCGGCACCUUCUUCGAGAAGUUCUCGGCCACGGAGGGCGGCGGGGCCGGUGUCAGCCCGGGGCAGCCGGCAGUGCCGGCGGUGGCGGGGGGGCCCACCGGGGGCUCCGGGUGCGGGCGUGGUGGGGGCACCCCGCAUGACAAGCCCCUGACCUCACCCUCCUGGGGCAAGGGUGGUGAGCUGCUGCUGGGGGAGCAGCCCGACCUGAUGUCCUCCCUGGACAGCGGCAUCCAGAGCGUGACCAAGUCGGAUGGCAGCUCCCCGCACGUGGACUUUCCCGACGAGGUCAGCACCAGCUACGGCAACGAGGACGAGGUGUCCUCCAGCUCCGACAACGCCGCCUCCAAGCCCACCCGCAGCCCGUUGCUGAGCGGCUCGCCCAAGCUGCCCCGCGGGGAGCACGCACUUCUCAACGGACAGAAGCCCCUGGCCCUCAGCCUCCUCAGUACGUCUACCUCGACCCCUGACAGCUAUGGGCUCAGCACCACGGCAGGCGCCCACCCCGGCACCCCAAGCAUGGAGCAGGUGCGGACCCCCACGAGCACCUCGGCCCAGGACGAGAUCCACCCCCUGGAGAUCCUGCAGGCGCAGAUCCAGCUGCAGCGGCAGCAGUUCAGCAUCUCGGAAGAUCAGCCCUUGGGGCUGAAGAGCAAGAAGGGGGAGUGCGCGGGGCAGAACGGGGACAGCGACCUGGGCAGCUGCUGCUCGGAGGGUGUCAAGGGCGCCAUGAGCACCAUCGACCUGGACUCCCUGAUGGCGGAGCACAACUCCACCUGGUACCUGCCUGGUGAGAAGGCCCUGAUGGAGGGGCAGGAGGAGGACAAGGCCAUGGCGCCCUGGGAGAAGCCCAAGCCUCCGAACCCCAGCAAAGAAGCCCACGACCUUCCCCCGAGCAAGACCUCGGCCACGGCGCAGACUGGCAGCCACCUGCAGUGCCUCUCGGUCCACUGCACGGACGACGUGGGCGAGGCGAAGGGCCGGACUGCGGUGCCGACGUGGAGGUCCCUGCACUCGGACAUCUCCAACAGAUUUGGGACUUUUGUGGCCGCCCUGACUUGAACAAAAGAAAUUAUUUUUUUUCUCUUUUUAAUUUUAAAGGGCCGCUACUGCUAGGUGGACUAUUUUUCUAGGUUGGUACCUGCUUAGUGGCAUAUGGACUGGAAAGGGUUAAUUUAAAGUAAACCUCAACUUUUUUUUAAUCUUCUGCCACAGUAUGUUACCAGUGUUAACCCUUCUGCAGUUAGCACACUUUUGCUUAAGAUUUUCCUGCUAGACCACUUUUUCCCAUUAUUCUGUAACCUUGGCAUACAUUUAUAGAUGAGGCCUUUUCCUUUUUCAUCUCAGCGUAUGUCCAAGUCACGUAUGUCAUAAUAAGACAAAGAUCCUCCUCCUCCUCCUUCCUCAUUUGCUUUGUGUUUCUUCUUUUUUUUUUUUUUCCUUUUGUUUUGCUUUGUUCAGUGCUUAUUACAAUGGUGAUCCUGAAGAACAGCAGUUCAGGAAUAAACGCCGGUUAAAGUAAAAUGGUCAUCAUUAUGUUAUAUAUUAUAUUGAUACCCAGCUUUUGCCAGUCACAUACAAACCAAACAGUUAAUGCUCUGUUGAAUAUUCAGGCAACGAGCCUGCCCUUUCCUGAGAAAAUGAUGUUCUGUUAUUAAUAAUGUUCAGCCUUGUUUGCUCUCCGCCUUCCCCAGCGAGGUGAGGACGCUCGUUCCUGUAUUUACCCUGCUGAAGCCCAGAGACAGAGCUGUCAUGAAUGGGCUGGUUCAGGCACAGCUGGGGAAGGUGUAGAGAAGUUUCUCUAAAUAAGUCUAACAGGAAGUUUGCUUAAUAAUUAAGAGUCAUUGUCUCCCCCACGGAAUGGCCGGGCUCCCUCUCCGCUUGCGAGCAGGGGCGGGCUGUGCUCCCCAGCGUGGCCGUAGCCUCCUGGUCCUGGUGAUGCUCCCACAGUUCCCACUUUAUCACUGCCAGAGAAGAAAAAUCUCCCGGAGGCACCGCAUGCCUCCUGUGUGCACUGUGCCGUGGCAUGGUGUCACGGUGUCCCAGGGCAGGAGCUGGGACCCACAGUGCGGCUGGGUCCAUCGCCAGCUGUGGCCGGUGUCCCCAAAGCCCUGCCAGGUGGCACAGCUGCACCCUGCCCAUUUGUCACCCCUUUUUAGCUGAAGGAAGAUGCUGUCAAUGGGAAGCGGGGUCCAGCGUCCCAUGUGCUUCUCUGCAGGGCACCCCGGCUCCUGCCACGGCCGUCCCACUGCAGUGGCAGCAGCUGGGGGACAGCCCGGGGAGGGACACCCAGGGGUCUGUAUUCCCAGGGUCAGCAUUGCCUGAUCUGCCAGGGCAGGGAGACCCCACGUUAGACCCUCCUGAACUUUGAGGCCCCGUUUUUGCCACGCAUUGAAGAACAGCGUUAUGGAUGCAUACAAUAAAAGGAAAACCAUACUUCCCUGCUGGUGAUAGAUAAUACUCAUUCGAGAAGAAAGUUGGAAGCAGACCAGAUAAAUACACGACUGACACGAUGAGCCGACACUACUGUGGUUUUACGUAACGCUGUGCAUUAUUUGUGUAUCCUCUGUGUACAGGAGCGCGAGCCGUCCCGCCCCGCGCAGGCCAGCUCGCUUUCCUCUGCUCCCUGAAGCUUAAUACCACCACGGGAGAUUUAGGUUUUAGCUGUGAAAUAAAGGUCGGCCUCUCUAGGGUUAUUUAUUACUCCUGUCAUGAAUUCACAAAAUGUGUCCCUCCUCAAGGGAUGGAGUUUGAAGACUGCUUUGUAUUUUAUCUUCGAUGAUUGUGCUGGGCCUUUAAUUAUUUUGAAGUGAUGUUCUCAGUAGACACCAAUGGAGAGGAAUUUCUGCCUAAAAUGCCAAUGGCACGGGAUGGUCUGAAAUCCUCACUCGGUUGUGUGUGGCUUCAGAGAGACUCGCAGUGUUUGGAAAUGUUAUUUGAAUGUGCUCUUAUUAACCGUGCAUGGAUUGAUUUCCUCUUACGGGUCUGGUCAGUGACUUGACUUUGGAUAAAUUUGGAUAGUUUUGAACCUUGAUGUUCAAUAUUAUUUUACUUUUUAUUGAAGCUGGAGCUGCCACGAGGAUGAGGAUUUUUGCUCCUCCUGGGGCAAUUGGCUGUGGAGAUGCCUCGCACCCGCUUGGUUUGGAACAAAAAGAUGGGAUGCUUUGUACCUUCUGCAGGCGCGUGCGCCACCAAAAGCUCAGAGCUCCUCCCUGUCCCUGCAAUAAAACAGCACCGUCCCCAGUAAAAUACCUCCUGGUAGAAUAGUUGUCAACCCCCACUCUGCAAGGUGCCUCUGUGCCUGUGAUUUCUUAAGUCCCGGUUCACCCAUAUAUGUGAUUAAUUUUAAAUCUUGCCUAGCAAAGCACUUGAGGGCUGGGGCGGCUGUGCCUGCCAGGGGUGAGCACUGCUGAGGUGGCUUCAGCCGCAGCUCCCACCCUGUCCCGGCAGCUCCCACCCAUCCCAGCUGGGCGAGUCUUGGAGUAACCCUAGCGAAACUCAUGCCUAGACAUACAAUACCGUGUUUCAGCACUUACAGCUGGAAAAUUAGGAAGAGUUCAUGGUCUGGGUGGCACGUUCCUGUCCCACAGCAGUGCAACCCCGAUGGCUUGCCUCUUUGUUUUUAGUUUUUCCUGCUGUAUUCAAGAGAACAGGUUUUUCAGGCUUCCUGAGGUCAGGGAUGCACACCCUGUGCUACCAGGGAGAGACCUUUCAGUGAACACUGCAUUAGAGAUUUCAGAUCGCUUUUAAAGAGAAAUCCUCCUUUAAGUAGAAAUGUGGUGACUCUGUUGGUCUCACCCACCCUUUUCUUCUGUUUUGCUCUCUGCAGCAUGUGCUCCUCUGCUGGAGCUGCUGUUCCCCUCCACUUGGAAUUUAACUUUUUUCCUUGCUUAAAAAAAAUAAAGUGCAAGCAAUUCCUUAAAAACCGGUGGAGUCCUCUAACAGUUUUGAAUCCUAUGAAAUGAGGCGGACGGGCUGUACUGAAGCCAGGGCCACGUGUUCAGCUGCUGAGCUGUACAGCAUGGAAGUGCGGGGCUGCAGCACACGGCUGCCCCUGGUCAUCCUGCGUGGCUGGCGCUGCUGGCCCCAGGUGGCUGCAGCAGUAGGACAGGAUUUUUAGAUUGUGAGGAGUUAAAAACAGUGGUUGGCUGUCUGCUGGACCUUAAUUCGCUGUGUAGUUUUGCUGAAUAGCAUGGUCACAUGCCGUCCUGCCAACCUCCUGCCCAUUUGGUCUUGCGUAAUUUAAGUAACAUUAUCAACUGAACAAAAGGAGAGGUUGGGAGCUCUACUGGGGCAGCUGUGAGCAAUGCCACGACCAACCUGUGUUUUCAUGGUUCCUUUGCUUUUUGCCAAAGAUCAGAACAGAAACGGUACAUAUGACUGACCAGGAGGAGCAUCACUUCAUGCUCAUAACCUGGUGUAUUUGGUACUGGCAGCAUAUGCUGAAGGCUACAACUUUGUUGCAAAGCUCGUGUCACCUGUAGUAAUUUCAUUGUGCUCAUUUUUUCUAUUAAUUUGGCACUGAAUGCACUGAUUAUUUUUUUUUUUAACAUAUAUAAAAUAUCAGCAUAGCCCUACGUGGUAAGAAUUGAAAUGAGUUAAUUUUCAGAAUAUUAAUAAUACUUCUAACUGAGGCAUGUUUGAGAGCUGUAGUUAAAAGCCUGUUGUGCAAGAGGUAAGUUGCACUCUUGUGGAGAGGGAAACAGAGGCACAGAGAGUGUCAGCCCGAGCUGGGUCAGGGGCACGUUGGUGGCAGAGCUGAGCCGAACCCGAGGUCUGACCUCUGCUCGCAGCGCUUGUUGCUGAGCCGCACAGCUCGAGGCUUGCUUCCUUCAGAGGGUGAGCUGGGGCAGCAGAGGAUGGAAUUUGAAGAACUACAUAUUCCCCAAAUGAGUGGGUAAAGCCAGAAUAACGUAAACUCACACCUGCUUGUCCUAUAGGGCUUCCAGAUAGCAGGGGUGUUGUACCAAAAAGUCAAGGACCUGUGGUAGAUGUGCCAUUAAGGGGUGCACAAUCUUUGUAUUGUGAACAACAGCAAAAAUGGGGCUUCACAUUUGUUUUGGAGCUGUCUCCCUGCCUCGCCUGGCUUCGGCUUUCCCGUGCAGCCCUGUGCCCAGGUGCUGGGGAGCGUGGACAUCCCUGGCCUCCCGACCCAGCUCGCUGACUCCUUUGGUGUUUGCUGAAAGAAACUCUGCACUUAGUCUUCAAGUUAAAAUGUAGUGGCAAACUGAGGAAAAUCUCUCUUGCAUUUAAAUUGGGAGGAGUGAUAAAAAUAUCUCUUUGCCAAAAAAAAAUUAAAAAAAAAAGGAAAGAAUAGGCUUUAUUUAUUAAAUACUCUUACGAUUUUUUUCCAGAUCACUUUUCCCUAGGGUUACUAGUUCUCUGCUAUUCUAGCUCGGUUUUUAGAGCAUCAGUGGGAGAGGGUUUAGAUUCAUUUUUAUUUAGUUAAGGACUUCAUUGUGUGGUUAUGGUGGAAGGGAAUGAGCAUCAGAAUCACGUCAUCUGGGUCAUUUAGGGACUGUUUCAGAUACUGUAUGUCUGCGUGGUCAUUCUGAGGCUGGCUGGCCUUCCCACACCAGGAAUCUGUAUUGGGCUUCCAGGCACCACUGGUAAGGCAAACGGAGGAAGGGGUAAGGUGAGCACAGGUCAGCGAAACGCGUCUGCUGCUAGGAGGGCUGGAGGAGGUGGGGGGAGGUGCGGACAGAAACAAAACUGGUGAAUUUUGAUUAUUUUUGUUAAGCUGCAGUGUAAGGUUUUCUCAACUACUAGAUUCACAGCUGUUCAAUGGAUGGUGUGUAAGAGCAUAACCCAUUUUUAUAGAAUUGUUUCUCCUUUAUUGCUUAAGGCUAAUGGAGGAAAUAGUCUAAUUUUGUCUUAGAAAUUCUCUAUUAGAAUUGUUGGUUUGAGUCCAUCCGCUCAUAGAUCCUGACUGAUGAAACUGCAGGCUGUGAUUUCCGGCAGUUACAACUUUAUCACUAUUUGCUACCCAAGAAUAUAACAGCUUUAAAACAGCCUUAAGCAAAAGAAUGUUAUUUCUUUGUACUAAAUUUGGUUCCUGGAAAAGAAAAAAAAAAUACUCAAAACACUGGUAAUCCGUACUGCAUAGCAAACUCUUCUGAAAAAUGUUAUUGCACAUGUAAAAUAUGAAAACUUGACUCUGCUGUGUGUUAAGCAAUCCUGUAAUCUUUUUCUUUUUUUUCUUUUUUUUUUCUUUGGUUUUUUUUUUAUUCUUGUUCAAUUCAUUUCUGAAAUGCUUGGUUGGAAGACUGUGACAAUAGCUCAUGAAAUUGAGUGUUAUUUUUCUUCCUUUUUUUUAAAUAUGUAAAGUGCAGUCUUCUGUAUUCAUGCAUAUUGUACAUAUCUGUAUAUGUUUUACUGAGCAACUAAAUAACAAUAAAUAUGAUGUUAAUGGUG